CCGUCGCCAGAAAAUCAAUCCGGAACGUCAUGCCGUCGUGUGUAUCAACAUUGGAAAAUCAAUGGUAACCCGUGACGUAGGAGUCCCGCCUCAGAAUGGGCCAAUGAGCUUGGCCAGCUGCUCCCCACCUCGGGCAUCAUCUUACACCUACCCACACGGUCGCCAGCGUGCUCAUUCUGUAGCAGACUGCUGCACCGAGCGGAUGAACGCGCGUGAUCGUACAUCAUUGAAAAGGCAACACGCCGUAAGAAGCUGAAGGAUAAUCCAUCCGUGAAAGCGCAACAUCGACGUGUAUAUGCAGUUUUCUAGUCGACGCACAACACUGAUUGCAGCGAUCGACUAACAGAGGCACCGACAACAGCACCACGCGACAAAGUAGCAACAGCAGCAGCAGCAGUGGCCUGUUGUCAUCGGCGGCACGUACUUGAAUUGUAACAAUACGUUAAGAUCGAAGGACAACAGUGGACGCACAGAAUAUCGAAUCGCUCUCGAUUUUUCUUUGGACCGUGACGCGCGAACGAAGAUAAAUAUUUGCACGCGUUUCGAAUAACUGGCGGGUGACACCAGGUAUUGGUAAAAAAGAAUUCGACAUCUGUUUGAAUCGGGAUCGAAGAGUGGUGGUGGUGGUGAUCGGACGAAGAAAUUCAAACGUCGGAAAAACUCGACGUGCGCCGAACCCGAGGAACCGUCCAGUUUGAACUUUCCAGAGAAACGGAGCGAGAAAGACGGCAACUAGGUGCGGAGUGUAGAAGAAAAGGAAGGUAACUUGCCGUGGGACACGGAAACGAGAAUCGAGUGGCCGGGUUAGGUAUCGAGAUGGCGUUUAUGAUGCCCGUUAUGAAAAACGAGUGGGACAUUUACAAGACCAACCGCAACCGGCGAUCCUCGGAGUGCUCCAAUCCUCAGGCCUGUCGCAGUAGAAAGGUGUCCGAAUGUUCAAAGUCCGAAGGCCCAUCGUUAUCCACCUCGCCGGGAUCAGACUUCUUAACAUCGCCGGCGCAUCGUUCCGUGCCCCUCACCUCUCGGCACUUCUCGAGGACGUCCUCGAGGGCGUCUCAAAACUCGUUGCAGAGCCCGAGCAAAAGCACCGGCUCAUCCCCGCCUAAAACCGGCAGCUCGAACUCUCUGAACAAGUUCCACAACCGGCUGGUGGACAAGUUGAAGAGGUCGCUGAAGAAGGCUGAGGACAGCACAGAAGAUCAACGAAACUUGUCAUGAAACAGUCAGGGGGUUUCGGGCCGGCCACCGAUUCCCGGCUCGAAACCGAUCGAAAUCCGACGCACUUCCGCACCCGUUACAACGUCCGCGACGAUCUACGAGGGGGUGGCACGAUCCUGCCCGAAUCCCUCGUCAUCGGCAUGGUAAAAAGCGGAACACCAACGGCGACAGUAAUGGGAACAGGAUCGGACGAUCCGGAGUCCAAGGAGAAGUCUCCGGCAACUCGAUCGUCAGUGGUGACAAUAACAAUCAUCGAUCCUUGCGCGUGACCUUGCUCGGAAACCUAACAUCGAAAUCGACAAAGUAACGGCGAACAAAAAACGCACGUCCCUCCACUAAAAACAAGAGAAGCUGGCCGGCUUCAAUGUCAAGAUCAUGAACAAGCUUUUGAUACGAGGAUCGAUUGCGUCGGACGAGUACGCAACAGUCGAAUAAACGACGGUCGAUGGUGAACAGCUCCCAGCAACCCUUUGGUACCAGUAGGUUGCUACACGCUCUCUUCUACGUUUCCCUUUCGACCCAGCCGAAAAACUCGCGAGCUUAAAAUCCAUUCUUUCCACUCUCUGCUUCCCCGUUGCCACCAUCACUAUUAUCAAGGAUGCCAGAGAACGAGUUACGAGGAUCGCAAGAAAAUACUUUCCGUGUUUCACACCUCCCUUUCCAAACGCACGUCGUUCCCACGAGAUAUCGGAGCAUCGACGUGUCCUUUCCUUGGAUAACUGUGAGAAUCUGUUUAGGAUGACGGAGAGAAAAAGGGAGUGAAAAGAAAGGGAAAAUGAUACGGGGAAGAGAGACGCGGAAGCAGAGGCGAUCGAGGACAUCGCGCACCAGGCAACGAGCAACAUGGAUCCAAGAAAAGAGGUACAUAAUCGCGAUGGAAUUCGUCGUUAUCGAUGCCGGCGCGUACAUAUGACGUUGGACUGCGUUCGUUUUGCACGCGCAAAUCGGAAGAUUCAUGGCCAGUCGGGGUCGAUAGAGGAUCUCAAUAUUCAAACCUAUAAAGCUAGUUCCUCCGUUGUGUACAUUACCGCGUGUAUAAAAUAUCAAGAUACGACUUAAGCGAUACCACACAAGCUUUGCUUUCCGUCUUUUUUUCUCCCCAAGAAACUUAAUCGUUGACAAAGACACGAGCGACGAUCGUAUUCUAUCUACUUAUUUUUUCCCCCAUUUUUUCUCACUGGUUCGACACGACGCGUAAAUAGCGUAGAUACACGAGUCCCUUUUCGUUCGAGUUUUCUUUUUAACCAUAUUUAUCGUUCGUUUAGUGUUUUACCGUUUAAAUUUUAAAUGGUAAUCAUGGUGAAUAUGUUUUUGAAACAUCAGGGCAAGCAGAAAUAUGGGAUGACUAAACGAGGCGUAACGCGCGUCGAAGUCAAGGGAGUUCCCAUAAGUCGCAUACACACGGACAACCGGAAACGCUCGUUUUCAUCGUUAUGAUUACUUGCAGCCUCCAGAGGGAAUACGCGUGCGUGCGUGCAUAAACUGCGAAGGGAUGUACAUAAUUACAUAGGGGGGCGCGAAUGCGUGUAUUACGUAUAAUGCAUAUAAUAGAUGAGCUAGUGAGAGAGAACAGAGCCUAAGAAAAGACUUAAUUAUUUUAAUCGUGUAUCGUCCGAGGGAGAUUCGCUGUACUUACGCGUAAAAGUAUUUAGUCGAAAUUUUCAUCACAUUGCAACGAAAAGAAUGCGAUGUUUUUACCUCGUCGAAAUGAUACUCGAGUACGCUUUAACUCUUGGCUUGCUUCGCACGUGUCGUCGAUAGAAAUUCCUCCUCGUUUUGUGUAAAAAAAAAAACAAAUAUUUUGGCAUUCGCUGAAGACACGCCAAAAAUUCGCUUCGCUCGAAAUCUUCGUUCGAGUUGCUCGUGCUACGCUCUCGGUGUCGUUUCGACGGAAACAUUAUUUUCAAAUCAUACGAGACACUUUUUUCUAGACUGUACUAUUUACUGUGGAAAAGGUAUAUUUUUAAAAACGAUAUUCCUGCAAUACGUAUCGAGGUGUGUACCGUAACAUUUUCCGCCUGCCCCAUGCCCGACGUACUCGAGUUUGCUGUUUUGAUUAGUCGUUACGAAGCGUUUGUUGAAUUCUUCUAUAAUAUAUUUAUUACGAUUCCAUAGGAAUAUAUACGGUCCAGUCUGUUAUUCGUUAUGCUGUACAUUAAGCAACCUUUUUGAUAAAUAACUCCGGGAAUGGUUGAGAAACGAAAGUGUCUCCGAAAUUUGGACGCAGAACGACGUCUUUCAAAAGAGCACUGAAUAAAAUCACAGAGAUAGCUGUAACGUACGUGGAACUUUAUCAACAGAAAUCCAAGCACUCGUUUCUUCAUUCCUCUAUAUAGUCUUUUGUUUUUAUGUUAAAGUAUGUCCGUAAGCAAUGAAAAGGAACGGUAAAACCAAAGAAUAGAAUGAUUCCCGCACAGCUUUUUUUUUAAUCGGUUGUGCUUCUAUUUUUUUGUAACAUGAAAAAGUUCAUCAAUUGAUUGCAAUAGAAUUCAUUGUAAAAUACCAAUUAUCUCUUCAUUCGCCAGUAUUAAAUCACGCGUAAAAUGAAAAAGUUCAUGUACAUACAUGCAGCAUGUGUAAUGAACCGAUAAACGAUCGUAAUACGGCGACAUCGUCUGCGUCCACCUACCGUCGUUUUUUGUCUUCAUUUCCAAAACAGGACGAUUACGCGCUUUCCGUAUCGUUUUGCAAAAUAACGAUGUGGGAGCAAUUAAACGAUACCGCGUGUAACUCUGUGAUACAGUAAGCUAUAAGGUAGAAUUAUUUUGCAACGAUCAUAAAAAGUGAAAAAUAAACAAAAAAAUGAAUAAGAGAGAAAGAAACUAGAGCCAGAAGUUGGGGGACGUGUUAUUGUUAUUACGAAAAUUCGUUACAUGAACGGUUCGAUUCUCCGUCAAUCAACGCGCGUUUUUUGGCAGCGAAAGCGAGAAGUUCCUUCUUCGUGUACCACGAAUCCGAAUGGCUUUUAAUUAAUUUCCAGGCGAAUCAAUUUCUGUCCGGAAUAAACAGAGAUUGAACAACAUA